AUGAGAUACAUAUUACCUCUUCUUUUUAGCUAUGUUUUUUCAUCAGAAGCCAUAGAUGUCUCUUCUAGUCAUAAAAAAGGGGUAAUAGAAAAGGCCAAUGCCGAGAUAGCAUAUCACCCUGGAGGAAGUAACGAGAAGGUCGGUGUAAAGGGAACACAUGUUGAGGCAGAUGGGUUGUCUCUUCGAAGGCACACUGACGAGGGAGGGCUUGUCGUAUUUUUGGAGCCAAAUCCCUAUGACGAAUGGAGCUUUUCCUAUACCUUUACCAAUGCAAAACUUCGAUUCCCCCACAUAGGCGGUGUAUAUCUAUGGUAUACCUCUGAUAUCCAGGAUCAGGGCCUUUAUAGGGGAGGCCACGACAUGUUUGAGGGGAUCAUGGCAGGGCUUGAGUUUAGAGGGUCGCAACCAGAGAUAGUUAUGGCGAUAAACGAUGGAAAAACCAAUCUUGUUGGAUCUGAGGAAAUGACACUAUAUAGGGAUACAAUAAAUCCAGAACGCCUCAAGGGAGUAAAGGACAUCACAGUUAAGGUAAUAUCUACCGAGAAGAACUUCAAGGUCGAGCUAUAUGACGGCGAUAGGCUCCUCUAUGACAGUUUUAGGUACUAUCGUAAGGGAACAUUAGCAGGCAUAGGAUCCGGGAAGUACUUCAACAUUACGUCGUUCUAUGAUAAAGCACCUUCGGACAGUGUCUACAAACUUAAGGAGGCACAACUAUUCCAAAGAACAGAGACAAGCGAGUAUGAAGUCCACAGUGUCCAUGCACCACCAGUGGAUAAAACACCAAGAUCUCCAGACGGAAUUUUGCAUGAAGACGAAGAAAUAAGGCAUCUUAUUUCAAAGAUAGAAUAUCUGAACGAGUAUCUCCAUCUAGUUGUCGGAGAGCCACACAAAUCAUCGUUUGAUAAGGUUGUGUAUGUCCUUUCUGAGCAGCUCAAGACACGUAUGAAGAGCAUUGAAGACAUAGUUUCGUCAGCAAAAAACAACGGAGGUUCAGAGAUGAAGUUCAUGAGUUUGAAUGAAAAGAUGAAUGGAAUCGACAUAAAGCUUCAAAGAAUCCAGAAGUCGUUUGCAGAUUUAGAUCAUGUAGUGAAUUCUCUCAAGAAAGAUUACAGUCGUAGCUCCAACAUUCUAGUUUACAUUGUUGUAGGUAUUGGUGUUGCGGGAUUUGGACUGGUAGCAAUGAAGGAGUACCAGGCCCUAAAGCUUAGGCAAAAGGCCCUCUAA